AUGAUCAUUCAGGCUGAAAUUGCCGAUUACGAUGUAGGUCGGGUAUUGAUCGACACUGAAAGUUUGGUAAAUGUGAUUUUUACCGAUGCGUUCGGAGGAUUGGGAAUUGCUGACAGCAUGGUCAAUGGGCAGAUAACGCCUCUACUCAGUUUUUCUGGGGAUCUGGUCCAGCCAGUCGGCAGUAUCAGUCUGCCCAUCACCUUAGGCGUUGCCCCUAGAAUAACGAUGACCUACGACCAAUUCCUCAUCGUCGACUACCCAACGACAUAUAAUGUCAUCGUAGGAUGGACGACACUCACCAGUGUCAAAGCCUACUUGUCCCCCCCCAUGUUGCUGAUGAAAUUUCCUACCCGCAACGGUACUGGCGUUAUCCGAGGAGACCAGCUCAGCGCACGGACGUGCUAUGCGACCGCUCUGAAAUCAGUAGCUUGCAAGCCUCCAAUAAAGGCCAUGUCUGUGCAGGGACUACUGAACGAUAGCGGGCCUAUAGACGAUGUGUAA